ACGAAAAUCGGAGCAGUCCACACACAAAAAGCGAAUACGUCGCGAAAAGCAGUCGCUCGAGUACGAGAGAAGAGCCACACACAAUCCUAGUUGCGGUGCAGAAACUAGAAGGUGAAAGAGAUUAGGGCCUCGAGAAGGAAAAAUUUCCAUCGCGUUUUUCACCGAUUUCCUGUGCUAAAAACCGGCCGUCGCGUGUCGCAAAAUGCAGGGCACCGUUUGGCCCGCUCGCUUCCGGUUGCGGUUCCGUUGAACGGGUACGUUUUUGGCCGGAAAAAGAGGCUCUUCGUCGUCGUCGUCGCGAGAGAAAGAACUUGGAAGUUUUUUCUUGCCACGGAUCGAGAGACAGAAAGAAAGAACACUCGGCUCUAGGUUUAUAGGUGCAAGGGGGAGGGGCGGCGUAGAAGGGGGUCCCAAUCAAAGUGUGCUGGUGCGGGAGUUGGUUUAGUGUGCGUGUGUCGCGCUGCCUUGUGUGGGUGUGUGCGUGUGCAUUCGGGUGCACAACAUAACAGAAGAAAGAAGAAGGAGGAGGCGAACACUACUUUUACCACCCCCUGUUUGACAACUAGUGCAGCUCCUCUGUUUUUGGUGGUUGUGUCCCUUUAUUUUUGGGGAAAAGAGAAGUUUUUCUUUGCAAAGCCGGGUUUUCUUGUGGUUGAAAGUGAACAUCGUCCUGUUUGGCGUUUUUAGUGAAGGAGCGAGAUUCCUAGGAACACGGUUAUUGCGGAGCGAAACCCGGAUUCGCCGGAAAGAUGUGCGAUGUCUGCUCGGGGUUCCUGAAUCUGCUGGGGUCAUAUGAAUCCCGUCUCGCCAACAAUGAAACGGAACAUCCGGUGUUUCUCGCCAAGCGCGAGAUCGAAACGGUCAUCGGCUACAUCCAGUGCUGGCCGGCGCGGCAGUGCAUGUGCUGCUACCGGGAUCCGAAGAACUUCGAGCGCUUCAACCUGGUAGUGCAGGCCAUCGUCUACUUCACGGUGUACCAGCUGAAGAACAUCAAAUCGCUGCUGGACCGGGAGGAACAGAGGAUAGCGGCAGUAGCGGCCCAACAGCCUGCCUCUUCAUCGUCAUCAUCUUCAACUUCUUCCUCAUCGUCGGCAUCCUCGUCGUCUUCCAACAACGGGAAGGACGAUGAGAAAGAAGCGGAAGAGGACGCCAAACGGAAGGAGGAAGAUGUCGCUCGGAACAGCGAGGCAGGGGAAAAGCCGGAACAGGAGGAAGAACCGAAGGAGAGGAAACUGCAGCCAGAUUCUGUGCCAACGUUAGACGAUUGCUGGACGCUACUAGAUGUAGAGAAACUUCUCUUGCUCUCGUCGAAAGCGUUCCUGCUGAACUUCCCUCUGUAUGUCGCCUAUAAGCACGGAGUUCACGCCAGAAUGGAUGAAAUCUCCCCGCAGGAAGCUCAGACUCUGAGUAUCUUCUGCGAUCUCCACGAUAACGAAAUUCCUGCAUUUCUUCUUAGAAAUGUUUCCCUUUUCUGUACUUCCGGUGGAUUCGACGCCAUGAUGGCCUGUUUCGAACACGCGAAUCUACCGGUUCCGAUAGCCCACGCCAUCACGGCUGCCAUUUCCAAUCUGAAACUUUGGAUCAACUACCGAUCCAUCAUCCAGCUGUUCAUCCCGAUAAGAGUAAAAAUUCUACAGUACAUGUGUAAGCUGUCGGAUCAGGAUCUGCGCUCGCCGGCCACCAAAUCGAUGGCGGAUUUCAUGUGGACCGCUAUCAAAGACCCGCUAGAUUCGCAAAUAACAUUCGACACGGAAGGCCUCGCAUUGGCAUUCAAAUACUUCACCAGUUCGACGUUGACCAUGCGAUUGGCCGGAAUGGCUCAAAUCAACGCCCACAUCAAUCUGUUUAACGAAAUUUGCACAACGGAAACCGUGGCGGAGGUGGAAGUCGUCGGUCAAAAGCUGGCCGAUUGGCUUACCGAAAAUCAAAUCAUUUCCCACCUGUUUGGACCGAAUCUGCACGUGGAGGUCAUAAAGCAGAGCCACAUUGUGCUGAACUUCCUGGCCGUCGAAAAUCAAAUCACUGAAGAACACAUUACCCUCAUUUGGCAGGCAGCUCAGCUGAAGCAUUGCUCGAAACCAAUCUACGACAUCCUUCCUUCGCUGGUGAAGAAUCUGGCUCCUCGACCGGCUUCCCAUCUGUACUCGUUACUAUCCCGCCUGGAUCCCAAAGAGCACACCGAGCAGUCUAUCUACAUUGCGUCCGCUUUGACGAAGCUCAUCUGGGCAAGGGACUGCUCCCGGUUAACCCUCAUGGAUCUGGCGAAGAAUAAUGUACUGCGGGAAGCAGCGGCAGUGGCAGCCGCAGCUGCAGCCGCUCGAGAAGCCGAACUGCCCUCCAGUUCGGAGAACUCCGUCUCCGUGGAUGGGAGCAACAGCGAGGAUGAACCCCAGGAGGAGGACAGUUCCGAUCCGGAUCAUCCGGUGACUGCGGCGGAAGCUGUGGCCGCUGCCGCCAAGUGUAUCGCCGCUUCCAAUCGGCCACAUCGAAUACCACCGGUCGCGGCGGCAUCGCCCAUCGUUGCCGGCCCAUCUUCAGCAUCGUCAUCGUCCGGAGGGGUUGCUGCCGCGGCCGCUGCCGUUGUUUCCGGCGGGAAGAAUUCUGUGUCGGCCGUUGCCAGCCUGAUGGAUGCGGACGAGUCGGACUCGGGAGUGGCCGCGCCGCCACCCUGCAAGCAAGCCCGGCACAAAAACUGCUGUGAUGAGACGACUGACGAUAGUAUUAAGGUAGAACCGGAUAUCUAUGACGUUGAUCAGCGACUAAAGGACAAGAUGCGCAUUCCCCUGAUGAGCCGCUCGUUGGCGGCCGCGUCCGGAUUCACCGAGGAUGCCGGCACCAGUAGCGAAGAGGACUGCCUCGGUAUGAGUGAAGCGUUUUCAGCCAUGCGCAAGAAGAUGCUCCGCAAGAAGCGCAAGAAGAUCAGCGGCCUAACCCGGAAGGAACUGCAGGAAAUGGCCGAAAGCGUUUCGGACGUGGAAGAUAGCGAUCUGCUGGCGGCCAUGCUUCCGGAUAGCGAUUGCAGCGAUACGAAUCUGCAGAGUUCGGUGCUGAGGCACAUGGGCGGCCAUCACGGCCCGAUUGGUCCCGUUGGGCCGGAACCUGGUCCAAGCGAAGGCCCUGCCUUAGGCGAAGACGUUCCACCGUUUAUGGGCGCAAUGAGCGAAGGUCAUCUGAUAAACUUCUUGAAUGCCGCUGAGAAUGAUGGAAGUUGUUCGUCGCCAUUGAGCAACAAAUCCGAGAAGAACAUGGGAGACUUUGACGACGAGGAUUCACCGUGCGAGGAGGAACUGGUCGAAUUGGCAGCUCGAGCGCAAUGUCUCCAUCAACAGUUCCCUCUACCGCGGCCACGUUCCUUAGGACCCGGAAUGGUUCACGGAUCUCCGCAAGCCCGUACCAAUACUCCGAACAUUACUUUGACGCGGGCCCACCACGACCGGCUGUCCAGUUCCGGCGGAAGUAUCGGCCCAAUGACGCACCCCAUGACGCCGAGUGUAUCCAGCAGUGGCACUCCCACGUCCACCGGUGGCAAAGGUGGGAAGAUGAAUCCGGCGACACCGACGACAAUGGGGGGCAAGACUCCGCAAGCGCCCUCCAAGGAAAUGCAGGCUGCCAGUGCCAGCGGAAGCACCGGUGGUAGCAGCAGCAGUUUGGGGGCACCGUCGUCGCCGAACUUCCGAUUUCCGGAUGUCUGCCAGCCGGGAAAUACGCUGCUGUGGGAUUUGCUUCAGGAUGAUAAGAUUGGUCAAUUGGGAGAAUCGCUCGCCUUAGAGGCGGAGAAAGUUCUUGGAACACUGCUCUGCUUUCACACGGACAAAAUCAUCCGGACGCGUUUCAUCGAGGGCUGUCUGCAGAACCUGGCGGAGAACCGCAGCGUCGUCACAAGUUUGCGGUUACUUCCGAAGCUAUUCGCAUCAUUCCAGCAGUUCCGGGACGUCACGACGCAUCAGGUCGUACUGUGGGCCGAGCGUCAUCACCGGAUGAUGCAUCACUUCUUCAACAAUCUCAAACAUUACACCACAGGAGCGGGGCGCAGUGGUCGACAGUCCGAGACUUCGACGAUAGUGUUGAACCAGAAUGGGUUUCCACUGUACUCGCACGUGACCCAAAUCCAGGUCCGAUUGCAGUUCCUGUCGUCCGUUUUCAGCGACGUUGGGUCCCCGCGGAACUUCAAAUUGACGCUCAGCCAGGUCGAUACGCUGUGGGCCUGUCUGGCCAAUGAUCCCGAGUGCAGCGAUUGUCUGUUUGCGUGGUUACAGGGUCAGGUGAAAGGUGGAGACACGCACGCCCUUGGAAUCAAUGCCAUCCAGCAUUUGUACUUGAAGAGGCUGUCGGAGUUGAAACCUGAGGGAAUAUCGAUGGUUGCGCUUGGGCUGUUCCAACAGUUGUUCACCUUGGGGCGAGAGGAGAUCAUCAGUCAUCCCAGUGAGAGUCAGGAGUCGAGUGAUUCCGUAGGAAUGGAGCACCUUUGGAAGAUUGCCCUGAGGGCGCACAAUACGGACGUCUCUUUGACGGCCAUUCAGUACAUCAACACCUACUACAUGGAGAAACAGCUCAAGUAUGAGAACCAAUUUGUGGCCCAGUGCAUGACCCACUUGACGCAGGCUGUGGAAGAGUUGGACCGCCAAGGGCCUGGCUCGGAGAAUGCUCUCAUGUGCGUUCAGAGAGCUUUGAUGCUUCUGAACACCCACUUGGAAACGUUCCGAAGAAGAUACGCGUACCAUCUGAGGAGGUGGGCUUUGGAGGGGAAGGAAGUCGGCAUGCACAGUGCUUUGCGAAAUGAAGGUCCCGGCCCUCCAAUACGAAUCGUCCUACAACCCGCAGGAGUACCGGAGAAAUCCGUUCUUCAUCUUCACGCAACGGAUCUGGUGGCGGAUCUGAAAGCCGAGAUCGCCAAAUGGUGGGAAACCAUCCAAGGCUCGGUCAAAACUGCUCACAACGAAAGUGCCGCCCGCACCGGAUCCGGAGCUGUCCUAGGCCUUCUCCUUAGCGAAGGGCCCCUGCGGAUAAUCACCCAAGGUCAGGAAAUCACUGCCGAAUACGACGAACGCAGUUUGGCUGACGUCGGCUUCAAGGACAACCAAAUGGUGUACGUCUCGAUGGGAAGUCGCGGAGGUCGUCGGCGAGACCAUCAUGACCACCCUUCCAUGCAACCUCCGCCCCCGAAAGACUGUCUUCCAACGCUUCUGCUUCUUAAAAGCCCAUACUUCGAGCAGCUCUUCAAACUGAUGCAAACCCUAGGCGAUAUGAAGCUGAUCGGCCCCGGAGGUCGAAUCCAACCCAACACAAAAGCGCAGCUACUCUCCCGAAGGGUUUGGGACAUCCUUGCCAUGCUUCCCACCGCUCCAACCUUCCUUUCGACUUUGAAGAACCUAUCCUUCAAAGACCCCGACUCGGAACCUUCGAUCGACAUGGAUUCCCCGGACAAUCCAACGUACACCCUCCAGGAAAUCCUGGAACCGCGCAAUCUGCAGAAGUUCAUGUACUCGCUUCACAUCGUGGAGAGCCUCUGCAAGUCCAAGUUCAUGGGCAGCUGUUGCGGAGGCAGCCCGGCAGGUGCCCCAGUCAACCCGGGUCCCAUCGGAGUGCCAAUAGCCGCGACCACAUCCGGAAUGCCCGGUGGAUCCCGGUCGGCCAUCGGACCCGGUGCCAGCAGCGCCAAAAGCCUGUCGGUCAAGAGCCAGCUGAAGCUGAAGAUUUCCUCGUCCAAGUCGUUGAAGCUGCAGAAUCAGAAGUUGGCCAAACAGCAAGCUCAGGUGUUGGGGGUCAGUAAUAGCAACGUUGGCGGGAUGGUUUCUCCGAGCAAGUUGAGCGUUUCGCCGUCCGGUGGCGAACGGAAGAUGGACGUUUGCGAUGGUGGGGAGGGGAAGACGGGGGAAGUGGAGAACAAGGAAAAUAACGGCGCGGAAGGUGCGUCUUCGCCGGAGAAGAAGGACGAGGAGAAAGAAGGGAUCGUGGAUGGAGAAGGCGAGAGUCGAAUUCAACCGGACCAGCCUCAGCUAUCGCCACCGAUGGCCCAUCCAACGCCGCCCCCUCCGAAGCUCCCCACCAGUCCGGCCAGCGCUUCGCUCGAGUGGAGCGAACAGUUCAUCAAAUGCGGCGGCCUGGCCCAUCUGUACCAGAUCUUCAUAUCGGGCGUGCUGCAGAAGCAAUCCGUGGCCAAGGAUGGGGACGACCUGAACGAGUGGCGCCACGAUUGUCUGGCCAGUCUGCUGCGGAUCCUGUGUCUGCUGGGGAUGGAGGAGUUCAAACCGGAGAACGAGAACGCCAUCAUCAUUCCGAAGCUGAACCGGCACACGUUGGCCCUGAUGGAGGUCCGGCCCACGCUGGAACGGAUAGCGGGCAUUCUGAACGAGGAGUCCCAUCCGUUGAGUCCACAUCACUUCAAGACGGGACUGUUUGGCCGGGCGCAGGUCAUCCAUUAUGCGAUGAAUCUUCUGGUUUGCUACGCUCAUUCGCUGGCCGAGGUCAGGUCUACGUUGUGGAAGGUGGAUGCCAAUCUAGCUUGGGUACAACGGCUGAUCCUGGAUGAUCCGGAACCGGCCGUACGGAGAGAAGCAUGCGCGGCACUCUACAGGAUGUGCUUGGGCAACGCUCAAACCUAUUACGAACUUAUGGCACCGCUGCUGUCCAAGUUGGUUGCCCUGUUGCCUCUGGCGGAAAAGAUGCGUCCCCAAAGUCAGGCAUACCACCUGUCGCCGGAUGAAGGCAAAGAACCGUAUGGGCCUGCCUGUCGAGAUUACUUCUGGUUGUUGUGUCGCUUGGUGGAUUCGCUGUCACCGGAACUUGUGAAGGACUGCGGUGGGGAACUAAGCAGGAAGCCAGGGUCCAUCGGGAUCGAGUCCAUGUGCAGGCAAGUUUCAAAGAGCAUCCUUGACCGGGACUACCUUGAAAGUCGUCACGGCAGUCCGGAUGAUGGUUUGUUCGGGUUGCUGAAUCUGAUGGCCAAUUUGGUCAAGUUCGAUCCGCAGUUCAAGUUCAGCGAUGACGGUCAGGACUUCAUCGGGAAAAUCUUCCAAUCGUUGUUCGAGCUUCCCUCGCCCGAUGACCGUGAGAAGCCCAAGUGCAAAAGCCACGGUGCGCGAGCUGCGGCCUACGAUCUGCUGGUCGAGAUGUGCAAGAGUGCUCCCAAGAACUAUCUGCUGCUGCAUGGGAAGUUGAUGCAACAGCAUCGGGCUGGUCCCCACUCGCCGUAUCCCUGGGACUACUGGCCAAGGGAUGAAGGACGUUCGGAAUGUGGCUACGUGGGUCUUACGAAUCUGGGCGCAACCUGUUACAUGGCCUCGUGCAUUCAGCAUCUCUUCAUGACGCCCCAGACGAGGGAUGCGAUUCUGUCCAUAUCGCCGGAUGCCCCACAAAAGCACAAGGCCACCCUGUACGAGCUGCAGCGCAUGUUCGCCUAUCUGAUGGAGUCGGAGCGUAAGGCCUACUGUCCGCGGUCGUUCUGCCGGGUGUACCAGAUGGACCAUCAACCGUUGAACACCGGCGAGCAGAAGGACAUGGCUGAGUUUUUCAUCGAUCUGGUAUCGAAGCUGGAGGAGAUGACCCCGGAGCUGAAGACCCUGGUGAAGCGAGUGUUCUGCGGAGUCAUCAGCAAUAAUGUCGUGUCAUUAGACUGCGGACACGUGAGUCGAACGCUGGAGGAAUUCUACACGGUUCGCUGUCAAGUUGCGGACAUGCGUAAUCUUCACGAGUCGCUGGACGAAGUAACCGUGAAGGACACGCUGGAAGGAGACAACAUGUACACCUGUUCCCAGUGUGGCAAGAAGGUUCGGGCCGAGAAACGAGCAUGCUUCAAGAAACUGCCGCAAAUUCUGUGCUUCAACACGAUGCGAUACACGUUCAACAUGGUGACGAUGCUGAAGGAGAAAGUCAACACCCACUUCAGCUUCCCGAUGCGGCUGGACAUGUCCGGCUACGUGGAGAAAACGCUGAUGCCUCAGCACUAUCAGGAGGAAAAGCGAAAGUCGGAACUGAGGCGAUCGGCUUCCAGAAACGUUAGCGAAUCGAGUGCUUCCGAUGGAAUGGGAUCGAUGUCCGGCGAGGAUCGCAAAGAAGACAAGGUCAGCUCAAGCGAUGGUCAAGAAGUGCAGAGUGCAACCAGUUCGGCGGCCAAGAGUGAGGCAGCAGAAAAGGCCGAGAUUCAGAAACAACAGCAAACUUUGGACGAAGAAGACUCGGAAGAUUUCAACGAGCACUACGAGUACGAUCUGGUGGGAGUGACGGUCCACACGGGAAAUGCCGAUGGAGGCCACUACUACAGUUUCAUCAAGGAGCGCAACGAAGACAGUAAUCCGAACCACCAGGAGAGGUGGUUCCUGUUCAACGAUGCCGAAGUGAAGCUCUUUGAUCCGUCGCAAAUAGCGGCGGAAUGCUUCGGAGGCGAGAUGACGAGCAAAACCUACGACUCGGUUACGGAAAAGUAUCUGGAUUUCAGCUUCGAAAAGACCAAUUCGGCGUACAUGCUGUUCUACGAGUGGCGCUCGAACAAGGGCUCCAACAUCCAGCGGGAUCAAGUCAGCAAGCCAUCCACGUGCACUUCGGGAGCGUCGAUGACCUCGAUGUCGAUUCCCGUCACGGCCACCACCACUAGCAGCUCCGAACAACCGGUAACGUCAUCAUCGUCCUCCGCAUUUGCCAGCAGUGGUCCUUGUACCACUGCAUCCAUCGGUGCCAGCAUAAGCGAAAAUGAUUCUCCGUCGGAACUUCCACUCCCGUCACCACCAUCCAUCGCCGCAGUACUUCCCCCGGUGAACAUCCGCGAUGCUGCCGACCAGACUGAACGAAUCAUCCUGAAACAUCCCGGCGAAGCGCCAUCGGUAGUAGAUAAUCUAAAUACCCUAAGUAAAUGUGAUAUAGAUGUUAAGCCAAGCCUGCGAAGCACUGUGGGCGUCGUUCCAUCCCUGGCCUCGGUGCCGGGCGUUCCAUCUUCAUCCGUACCGUCACCGCUGGCCGCGCUACAGGCCACCUCGUUGAGCAUCCUGCCGCCAUCGGGUCCCCUGUUGGGUCCCUCCAUGCUCCCAUCGCCAUCGUCUUCGUCCUAUUCGUCCAUCUCGUCACUGUCCGCCCUGACGGCAACCGCCGGCGGCAACGUUGGCCUCCCGCUGAGUGCCGUCGUACAGCAACCCACCAUUUCCAGUGCGCUGCAACCGUGCACCUCGUCGGCCGCGGCGUCAUCUGGUCUGUCCCUGGUCGGACUGGGGUUGGUCCGGAUAGGGCCGCCUCCCAAGCGAAAACGUAAGAUUCUCAGCAAAGAACUGGAGGAAUGGAUCUGGCAGGACAACCGACACUUCCUGCAGGAUAGGAACAUCUUCGAGCACACCUAUUUCAACUUCAUGUGGCAAAUUUGCGGUCACAUUCCGCAAACGUUGCUGGCGCUUCCGGAUAUUACGUGCAUUGCCGCCCAGCUGUCGGUAUCGUUCUUCAUCGAGACGUUCAUCCACGCUAAGGAAAAGCCUACGAUGGUCCUCUGGGUGGAACUGCUCACCAAGCAGUUCAACGCCAGCCAGGAGGCUUGCGAGUGGUUCCUCAGCCACAUGUCGGCGGAACCGUGGUGGCCCGUGCAGGUCCUGAUCCAGUGCCCGAACCAGAUGGUCCGGCAGAUGUUCCAGCGGUUGGUAAUUCACGUGAUUCAGCGAUUGAGGCAAAGUCACAGCGCCCUCUACCUGAAGGUGGAAAGCGACGAGGAUGGGAACGAAAUCAUUGGCAACGUUUCCUGCGUCACCCGGUUCAUCAAGUCGUUGAUAAUGCUGAUGGAGCACGGAGCGCGGGCCCAUUUGCGCCAUCUGUCGGAGUUCUUCGGGCUGCUGUACGAGUUCUCCCGAAUGGGCGAGGAGGAAGCUCUGUUCCUGCUGCGGAUCAACGUGAUACGAAGCGUGGCGGAUUUCUACCUCGGCCACAAGGCGCAGGAUUGCAUCGACACCAACUCCGACAACGAGGACAACUCGUCCGAUGAGGCUCUAACGGUUGACAAAAGCCGACCGGCGUCGCUGGAUAAGAUGAUUGCUUUGGUGGCAUCGCUGGUAGAGCGAUCCCGAGGACCGGAUCUGCGUCUGCACCUGUCCGCUCGGGACUACAAUGCCAUCGCCGGAGGAAAAGGGUUUCCGUUCCUGUAUCAGCAAAUCAAGGACAACAUCAACCCGCACCAGACGAGGCACUUGAUCCAUGCGUUGUGUCGAUGCGACGAACGGUUGGCCGGGCAGAUCAUCGCAAUGCUGUUCACGGCCGUGACGAAGCACACGGAACUUUGCGGACCGUUCUUCAAGCUGUUGACACUGUUGACCGAGGCUACCGGCGGUCCUUCCGGGUUGCCAUGUUUCUCGCAGCUGGUACUGCAACGGGUUUGGGAUGCCGCCGAAUACUGUCCGCAGUCAGCUCUGGAUUGGUUGGCCGUGCAAGCCCCUCGGAACAAAAUUGCUCACACCUGGAUCCUCCAGUCUGCCGAAAGUUGGGUCGAAACGUUCCUGCUCGCGCACAACAAUGCUCGAGUGCGGAACGCCGCGGCCUAUCUCCUGGUAUCGCUGGUCCCGUCGCAAAACUUCCGAACCAAUUUCCGCGCCACGUCUCAUCACAAACUGACGAUGCAUGCCUCCCAGCCGAGGGAAAUUUCCUGCGAAGCUCAGCUCAUCCUGCACACGAUACUGAAUCUCCUGCUUCGACUGCUCCGGUCCGCCCGGAACUACACGGACAUCAGCGUCCACGGGACGACCAAGUUGACGGCCUACUUCAACCUGAUGACGUACUGUUUGGUGUCCAAGACGGAGAAGUUGAUGCUGGGUCCCCAUUUACGAGCUUUGUGGGAACUGUUCCAUCCUCGGUUAUCGGAACCAUCAGUUCCGGCGCACCACAACAAACAGGCGCUCCUGGCGUUCUGGUACCAAGCCACGCUCGAUUGUCCGGAGAACGCCCUUCUCGUUGCCAAUUGUCCAGACAUCACCAGAAACAUUGCAUUUAACUACAUCCUGGCCGACCACGAUGACUCGGAGAUCGUCACCUACAAUCGAGCGAUGCUCCCCGUUUACUACGGGCUGCUUCGAAUGUGCUGCCAACAGAGCCGACUGCUGACCCGUCAGCUGGCCGCCCAUCAGAACCUCCAGUGGGCGUUCAAGAACAUCACUCCCCAUCCCACGCAGUAUCCGCUGGCCGUCGAUGAACUGUUCCGAUUGAUGACGCUCUUUGCACAACGGCAUCCGGAUGCCACGGAAGCGGAACAACGGGAGGUUACCAUCUUCCGGAGGACAACCCUAACUGCAUACCUGAGCGGCCUGGACGCCCGGGUGUCGUGGGGUACGUUGAUAGCAGCACUGCGGAUCCUGGUCGACAACGACGACGAUCGACUGUUCGUCGUCCUGAACGGAGGCAUCACGCUAUGCUUCGACGCCCUUCACACGUUACACUCCAUGUAUCAUGAGGCUACCGCUUGUCACGUGUUCGGUGACCUGCAAGAACUGCUAACCGAAGUCAUACUGCUCAUCAGCACUCUGCGGGCCAGCUGUCGAGAGCAGAAGAAACGUCCACCGCCGGCACUGAUGAAGGGCCUCCCGGACGCAGUCCGGAGGCUAGCCACGCUCCUGAACACGUUCAACCCACCGGAGAUGCGCAAUCUCGCCCUGGAAGUGCUCAAAGAACUGGUCAAGUGUGCCCCGCCGGAGAUCAUCAGCACCGUCUUGGUUCCACUGCUAACCCACUGCCACACUCAGAACGUUGCCCACACGAUGGGACCCUUGGGAUCUUACUUCCCACGGCGCGGUAUGAAAGCGCAAUGGCCACCGGUGUCGAAGAACACGCCGCGUCCGCCUCGGCCCAUGGUCCAGAUGAACAUACCGCAGUCGCAGAUUUGCGAGAAGGGUCUCGACAAGGACUUCGAUCUCGCGCUGGAGCUGUUCUACCGUCCGUACCACGAGUUUCUCGACAUCAUGUUCCGGGUGGCGGUCACGUCCAGCCAGUUCAACGAGCCGCUCGUGCACCUGUCGCUGCUGACCGGGAUCGAAGCCGUGGUGUUGCAUUUCAACAUCUUUGCCAAGUUCUGGGUUGGCAUCUAUAACAACAAAACCACCAAUAGGUACGCUGAGCUGCUGAUCAAGAACCCAUUGCUGGUGGAUUACAUCGAUGAGAUUCUGAGAGACGAAAGACUGUCGCUGAACGAUCCGGUUAUUGCGAACUUUAUCGAAAUCUACUACCCGAAGGUGAAAUCCCGGCUGGUCGUGCCCCGAUUGCUGGAGUCUAUCUGCCAACUGCUGCCGGACAAGGGUAACCUCGAGGACAUUUGCGGCGAUCUGCAAGCGAUACGAAUCAUCGGACAGCGGACGGGUAUUCCCGGUUCGGUGAAAACGCUGCUGCAGAACUCGCUGCACGCGGUUCUGCUCAAGUUCAAGGACGAGAUGUACAGUGACGAGGAAACUCCACCGAAGCGGCGGAAGAUUACCAACAGCAGUUGCAGCAGUUCAGCACAAGUACAACGGCAGGCUGUUCUGCGACUACCGGUUUCCGAACCGGAUCUGGAGCAGGACAGAGUUGCUCAAUCCGGGGCGAACCAUUCCAGUGGGGAGAAAGCACAGGAGACUGACAGGAAGCAGUCGGAAGAAUCGACGACUGAGGUGAAGCAAUCGAGUGAGAACAAGGAAGAGCGAGAGAUGGAGAUGAGCGAAGAGCAGAAGCUUCAUCAGGAGAAGAAAGAUGAAAGUGGGAUAGAGCGGAUGGAUCAGGAUGUGAGUAGUGAGGCUAACAGUGGCAAGGAAGAUGAUAAACAUAAGCAAGAAGAGUCUGGAAGCAGCAGUAGGAGUUGUAGUGAUAGCAAUACUAACAAAGAAGCUGACGACAAAUCGAAAUCGGAGGGAGAACACUCGAAGGAUCUGAAACAGGGUCUCAGCGAGCAGGAGCUGUACCAGCGAAAUCUAAUCAAGGACAUCGAAAGUCACAUCGAACUAAUAUUUGAAUGCUUGGACGAUGACGACGACGACGAAGAUGAGGAUAGUGUGUCAAAGGGAUCGCCGUUGGCAUCGUCAUCAAAAGCGAAGACGCCUUCCAUGGAGACGGCAGAGGAUGACGGUGAGGGCGAACCGGAAACGGUUCGCCGAAGUAGCUUCAGUAGUGGAACGGCGCCAAGUUCGGUCGCGACCAGUUGCCCCAGUCCCAGUAAGAUCAAGCGGAGAAAUCCGUCCGGUGAAGAACCUCCUGGGAAGACGAAAGAGACGACGGAAUCGUCCGAACUGACUUCUGAAAGUUCUGCGGCAAAGGAAGCAGAAGAGGGGGCAUACGUCGAAGCGUAGGGUAGAGUAAGAAGAUUCGAAGGUAAGUGAACAAGGUGCGCAUAUGUUUUACUGAAAGGAAGCCAGUCAAAGUCGCGGAAGUUUGGAUUAAUACAGCCUAGUUUUUAAGCGAGUUCGGCGAACCAAAAUUGUGAUGUUUUAAAAAGUUAAGAUUUGAUUUAUCUUUGGUACCAAAAAUAUAGAGAGCAAGCGACGGAGAGGGAAGCGGUUAAGCAGGGUCGAAGGAGAUUUCUUUUCUUUCGCGUCUAAAUUAUAAUUGUAAAGCACAUAGUUACUAGUUUUCGGCAUUCGAAAGUCAUCGUUGGGUAUAGGAUUAUGUUUCUCCAUUGUGGAUAAAAAAAAACGGCGAAAAAAAAGAGAAGGCUAAAUGGCAGAAAGUGAUCAAGCUAGAGAGGAAGGCGAAAAUGACGCAGAUUUACAUUUUUUUCUUUCUACUGUCAGUAGUUUCCGUAUUUAAGGGAAAUGGUGCUCGUGUAAUUUUUAAUCACGUUUCUUAUCGCUACAUACCCAAACACACAGACACAAAUGUAUUUUUUACCAGAAUGUUGAGCUCCUUUGCGUGUGGAGCGACUCAGCAAAGAAAUCGCUGCCGUUUUGUGUUUCUAUCUAUUGUGCUUUCUUAGUUGCUACGAUUUACGAUUACGAAAGUUUAAUUUAAAACAUUUUUUUAUUAUUAUAAACCUAUUAUAUCCUAGAUCAUUGAAAAGUGAACGCUAUUAAAGGCAAAAAUCGUAUUUAUUAAACUAGCUAGUCUAUGAAAAAAUGUCCUUAAGUUUUGUUAUACCAUCCUAUUUGCUUGAUGAUGCAGGAUCGAGAGUGAAAGAAAAACCUAGACGCGUAAGGUUGUGUUAAUAAUAGAAAACGAGGAAAAUGCGAUUAGUUUCCGUUUUGAGAUGAUUUCUAGGAGGCGUGAAUGACUUUUUGCUACUAUUACUGCUAAUUCUUACUAGCAAAGGCCGUUUUAAGUGUUCAAAUCCAUAAAAACCUACUCUUCCUAUGAAAUUGCAUUUUCUGAACCCUGGCAAAGUCAAAUACUUUUAACUGUCGAAACGUCGGAAUGGCAAUUUUGUGGGCGAAAUUUCCAUUAAUUGCUAUUUCAACUGUUCGACUGCCAUAUCUGGAUCUGAAUUGAUCAUCGAAGCGCUUUCCAACUGUUUUAUGAAAACAACAUCGAUUCUUUCUGUCGGAUAUUGGAAAACGAAAAAAAGGUUAGUCUGAAUAAUUAGCAUUCACGUACCACUCAACCUGAAGUUAUGCAGGAAUCCAAGACAAAAAAACAGAAGACUCAUUCGUCCUCGAUUUCCAAGUUUUUAAUAAACAAGGUCUCUAAGAGAGCGAAAAAUAUAAAAGGCGCAAUUUCCACCAGUAAAUCGAAAAUAUUCAUCCCAGAAGAGAAACAGAACAAGUCGAACAUAAAACUUAAUACACUCUAUAGCAAAACACACACACAACACAGAUUCGCACACAAGCACACAUCUAGACAUUUAUUAAACCUAUUAUGGAAACUCUUUCAUGGAAAACGAAGAAAAAACAGAAUACAAAACAAAAGUUAAUGUUUUAAUUUUCACAAAA